AUGUUUGAGAACCACGACGUAUUACACAAUGACGAACAAAUGGAAUAUGGCCUGCCAGGACAAGAUCAAUCUACUUCAUCGACUUCAGUUACAAAAGAACCCAAAUGCCAUGAUAUCCAAAAUGCGUCAGGAAACAUCGACCAACCGGAGAACCCGACCUCUAUUGUUUCUGAUUAUAAUAAACAACCUGCAGAGACUAGUUCUCAAGAAAACGUAACGAAUGCCGAAAAUGAUGAGCAAGAUUGCAUCCCUACACCACCAUCAUCCUCUAUUCCGUCUGAUGAUGAUCCUAUCCCUACACCAUCAUUAAUUGGUCCACAAGCAGUCAAGGUUGCUGCAUCAAUUGUAAAGUGCUCUUUCGACCAACUUUGUGAGUUCAUUUAGUAUACUGCACAAAUAAUAAUACUUACACUUAAUUAAUAUACAACUUUUAUGCUGUAACCUAGCUCGCAGAGUCGUGAAAGGAAGAGGAGUAAUAAUAAUGAAUUAUAAUUAUCUUUAUUUAACAGGUUGACCCUAUCAGCUGAGACACUUGUUAUAAUAAGGGACCAGGCACAAUACAAUACAUAUUUUUCCUAAAACCAGCAAAUUAAUCAAUCGAUGGAACGGAGGGAAAACUGAAAUUGCACAUUUAACAUCAAUGUUAUGUACUCUGGCAUGCAGAUUUACAUAAAAUUAACAAAGUUACAUACUACGUAUACAGAACACUGCGGUGACUCCUCCCCUCUCCCUCCCCACCCUCCUCAAACAUCACAUAAUAAAAUAUCAAGGAAUUUUAUGUAUGUAGUAUUCUUGACUUGUAAUCAAUCCCUUGAGAAUUAGACGACAGUUGCACAGCGGCCAUGUUGGUGCCAAAUUCAAAGGGACCAACAUGGCCGUCGCCCACAUAUACAUGUUCAAAUGUACAUGCUUCAGAAUGCACUAUAUACAGUGUGUAUAAAAGAAGGUAAUCGAACUUCAGCGCUCUAUUAUACGUGAAUUACUCGGCGUAUGAACAAAAAAUUUUAAUAUUCUGAAAUGUCACGCUUUUUUUACUUAUUUCAUUAUAUGUUUUUCAUGCGAAGUGAAAUUCAUCAACUUCAGUCCUAAACAGGUUAAUUUUCAAUGGUUUAGACUCAGCUUUCAACGGUGAAAAUAUGCGAUUCUUAUACUAACAUUUUUUAUCGGAUUCGUGUUUGCUCAUUUGUUACCCAUUUCCCAUGAACAACAUAUCAUUCGACAGAUAAAGGCCUGAUCUUUCCGAAUAUGAAAAAAUCUCGGUUAUACGCAGACUAAUUCAGAUGCAAUAGCGUGCUGAAGUUUGAUCACCUUUUUUAGUACACCAUGUAUAACUAAUAUAGUUUUAUAAUAUAUUUUAGGUGCUCUGAAUAAUAAAAUGUACGUGGCGAACGAAGGAUGUUCAUCUAACGAAAUGGAAAUAACCUUUCCCCCAGAGGCUCAGUCACAAAACAAUUCGAUACUGAAAAGUAUCUUGCUAUCACCAGGGAAAAUUGUUAGCUUUUCCCACUUGAAUGCCAAAGGUCUUUUCAGAAAAGCCAACAGUGGUAAACAAGGAAAGACCUUUAUGCAGAUGGCUGUUUCCGAGUUACCAGCAAGAGGAUUUGGAAGGGUUGAAACCUAUAUCAUUUCUGGAAAUAAAUCGAAGGUAAAAUAUACAUACAAGGAUAAAAUCAGACACAAUACCCCACUCGCGCAGUCAAGAAUGUCUUCUAUGGCUCUGCUUUCUUCUUAGUCCACUCCAAAGCUCUACCAAAAUGACCACAAGGCAAGUCGCUUGGAAUAGUUCAUCAUUCUGAACUGGGUCAUAUUUUUAGGAUAUCACUAUAUACAUAGUUCCCAAAUAGCAACACACUUCCUAGUUCCUAAAUAUGAACCACUUAACAUACCUGACCCCGUAUAACUCCAUUACUACAGCUGGAUUACCAAACCAAAGGGUUUCGUCACUAUUACAACGAUUUUCGUUAUAUUAUAUUUUAUUCCAUUAUAUUUUUCUGAUUGUCUUCAUAUAGGUAAAUUUCUUAUUAAAAGAUUCCGUGCCUGACAAAGACAGCGAUGAAAUGAACAACUUCGUCAAAAGGUUGGCUACAGUUGCAAUUAAUCUCAAGGAAUACGUUGAAGCAUAUAAUGAUGAUUCGGAACAAAGGUUAGAACACAUUUUUUCAUUCACUCGUAUAAUGCAGUAUAUCGACAAUAUAUGCUCUGGAGAAAUCGAAUUGAUUCACGUUGCAUGAGAAAUACAAUCUCCUCAAGAAUGAGAGAAUGUUUGCUGUGAACGUUUGCUGUGAAGUGUGGACCUGUGCUGUGGAACACUACGUAUAUACCAUAAAUUCUGACAGGAGAGUAAAAUUUAAAUGACAUAUAUAGUAUAUGAGACCAAUGCAUGUGAAGGAAAUUUAAACCUUUAGUAGUCCAGUUUUAAAGAAAUCAACCGCAGGUCCGCACUUCACAGGAAACGUUCUCUCAUUCUUCAGGAGAUUAUAUUUAUCAGUGAAGCCUGUAAAGGUCGAGCAAGAUGUAUAAAAACACUAACAGUACAAGUCGAAGCGCUUUCCCUAUCAAUCCGAAUAUUUCGCACAUAUUUCCUCCAGAAUUUUUAGUUCUUUUCAAUCGAUUUCAGUUUAAAAAGUAUCAAUUUUUCAACGACAAAUUCUAAAUACUUUAUGUAUAUUUUGCAACAAUUGCUGAUGGUGCGUAUAACUCACAUUGGAAAUCCAACGUACUAUCUCUCGUUAGCCAAUUACCGGCCUGAAUAAAUGGGCAAUUCCUGCUUUAGACUAAAUUUUGAUCUCGGCAAGAAGGAUAAAAUCCAUCACCACAGGUAGAAAGACCAUUGAGUAGAAAGUUUGGCCGCAAAAUGUUGUAAAAUGCGUAACAUAAACCCCUGCGCAAUUUGCAAAUGUUGUAUUAAUUUGUUUACGCACGGGAUUUUGCACCACUUUCGACCCUUGCGAAUGUGCUGCAUUUCCCCGUGCGUAUACAAAUUAAUACAAAUUUCGCAGGGCUAUAUUUUCUGCAUUUUACGUUUCGUGGCCAAACGUUCCAAUCUUACUAAUUUUAACAUGCUCUUUCUACCUGUGGUGAUGGAUUUUGUUUUUCUUGCCUAGAUCAAUGCAUUGCACUGUUGGGAAAUGAAUUUCCUAUUCAAUAUCACGUGACCAUAAACAGCCAAUUAAACGGUCAGAAUUCAGUAAGGUUAAUAAUACCUAAUAAUAUCAUGUAAUAACACUUUCAUUUCUAUUUUUUAGCCAAAAACAUGUUUUUGACUAUCAAACCAGAAAAGGAAAUGUCGUGGUUAUCACCAAUUCUAAAAGGCGAAGACUUGAAAGUGAAGGCGAAAAGUCUUAA